AUGACAAAUUUAAGAGAACUUGAGGAGGAAAUUGAAGCUUAUGAAGGCACGUCUGGGGAUUUGCAAACGCAAAAUGGUUUACAACUACGUCAAAGAAAACUUUCUUAUACCAGACCACCCACAUCUCGGCCGAAAGUUCAAUCAAAAUUCCCCUACAGUUUGGUUAUGAAAGUAGAGACUUCUGAACCCAGAGAUGUAUUACAACUGGAAAGAACUUGUCUCACUUUUGUUAGAUUUGCAACUGCAUUGUUCUUCACCGCUUUAGGUAUAAUACUAAAUUUCAAAUUAGACACUUCUGGGACGCCAGAUGAUAAUUCUGGUAACAACAAGAAAAAGUAUUUCAAUCAUACAGCAUUCAAUAGUGCCAUAUCUUAUAUACUACUUGUUCUUGCUUUGUUUGUGUUAUUUGUCACUGGCAUUAAUUAUUUUGUUACUAUAAAUCGAUAUGCUAAACAUAAAAUCGCUACUUAUAGUUUUAACAAUUUGACAACCAUAAUUGGAAUGACGAGCAUCAUUGUAACGUUGAUGGCGAUAAACAUCACCAUGAUUGUUGAAGGGUAUAUAGAACAGUCUUAA